GGCGCGCCUGCCGCGCUCCUGGGCGCCCCGUCCGCGAUGGAGCUCCUGCGGCAGGUCUCGGCGGGCGGCCGCCUGGUCUACUGGGGCGCGGGCGCGGCCGCCUUGCUGGCCACGCUGCUGGCCGCCUCCGCCUGCCGCCUGCUGCUCCGCUACUUUCGGAAGUGGCAGGACCUGAAGCCCGUCCCGGGGAUCAGCCCCUGCUACCCCUUGCUGGGCAACGUCCUGCUCUUCGAGCGCGCCGGGGAAGCUUUCUACAAACAACUGCUGCACUUCUCUAAUGAAUUCCGGAAUAUCCCACUGAUGAAGCUGUGGAUAGGACCAUUGCCAUUUCUGGUCUUAUAUCAUGCAGAAACUGUCGAGGUGGUUCUGAGCAGCUCGAAACAUAUUGACAAAUCCUAUCCCUACAAGUUUCUCCACCCCUGGCUGGGCACAGGACUUCUAACAAGUUCUGGAAGCAAAUGGCGGACCAGAAGAAAGAUGUUAACUCCCACCUUCCAUUUCACCAUCUUAGCAGACUUCCUAGAAGUGAUGAAUGAACAAGCCAGUAUUCUUGUUGAGAAACUUGAAAAACAUGUGGACAAAGAGCCCUUUGAUUGCUUUUUAUACAUUACUUUGUGCACUCUUGAUAUAAUCUGUGAAACUGCUAUGGGAAAGAACGUAGGCGCCCAAAACAAUAAGGACUCAGAAUAUGUUCAGUCUGUCUAUAGGAUGAGUGAGUUGGUUCAUCAGAGACAGAGAACUCCAUGGAAAUGGGCUGAUCUUUUGUAUCUCUUGUUCAAAGAUGGAAGAGAACACUACAAGAAGCUAAAGAUCCUUCACAAUUUUACUGAUAAUGUUAUUGCAGAAAAAGCUCGUGAACUAGAAAAUCAAAGUGAUGCAAUCAGCACUGGAGAGCAAAGUGGGCGCAAAGUGCGGAGAGCUUUCCUUGAUCUGCUUCUUAAUGCCACUGACGAUGAUGGGAAGAAGCUGAGCUACCGGGAUAUUCGAGAAGAAGUGGACACAUUCAUGUUUGAGGGCCACGAUACGACAGCUGCUGCUGUGAACUGGUCUAUCUACUUGCUUGCCCGCUAUCCGGAAGCACAACGAAAGGUUCACCGUGAACUGGACGAAGUUUUUGGUGACUCCAACCGUCAUGUCACCUCUGAUGAUUUGAAGAAACUGCGAUACCUGGAAUGUGUUAUAAAAGAAGCGCUUCGACUUUUCCCGUCUGUUCCAUUUUUUGCCCGUACUUUAAAUGAGGAAUAUUAUAUUAGAGGAUAUAAGAUACCAAAGGGGACAGAUGUCCUAAUCGGGGUUUUUGCGCUGCACAGAGAUCCUGAGGUCUUCCCAGAGCCUGAGGAAUUCCGACCUGAGCGGUUUUCUGCGGAGAAUUCAGCUGGACGGCAUUCAUAUGCUUAUGUGCCUUUCUCUGCUGGUCCCAGAAACUGCAUUGGUCAGCGUUUUGCACAGAUGGAAGAAAAGACUAUAUUAGCCACCAUCCUGCGUAACUUUUGGAUUGAAACCCGACAGAAGUAUGAAGACCUUGAGCCUGUACCAGAACUAAUUCUUCGUCCAAACAACGGUAUCUGGAUUCAGUUGAAAAGGAGACAAACUUCCAUUUCCUAAAAUAAUUCAGCUCAGGAAAAUUUACUAUCCCAAUAUAAAAUCUAAAUUGUUAUAACAGGUCUUUUCAAGCCUACUACAUUUUAAAAACCAAAGUCUAAGAAGAACACCUAAAAGCCAGAAGCUGAAACUUUUUUUCAGGUUGUGUAAAAGUUCAAAAUUGCUUCGGAGUUAUCAGUUUUUAUUGUUAAAUUGGAGUGGCUGGAUGAAACUUAUAGCUGGUUUUUAUUUUUUAAAAAUGUUUAUUUUAAUACUUACAUAUAUUUUGAAAACUAGCAACAAUAUAUAAAGACCAAUUAUGGAUUUAAUUUAUAAUUAAAAACAGGGCGAGUUAGGCACGAUAUAUAUGAUCCGUAUGAAUGAGCAGCGCACUGUCCUUUUGUGUAUGGCUGAUACAAAGAUCAUAAGCUCUUAAACAUUACGCCAUAGAACUUUUCCAUUCUCUCUGUGUUUAGCUUAAAAGAUCACAUCAGUGACCUGCUGCAUAUAUUUUGUUACAUAUCUACACAUUACAUUACUGCCUUGUGCCAAAUCAGACUAUUGGCCUCUCAAGGCCGGUUUUGUACUCGCUGACUGGCAAUGGCUGGCUCUCCAGGGUUGCAGGGAGAGCUCGGGCUCCACCUUUAAUUUCUGGUUAAUAAGCACAAGUCACCAGAAGAUGUUCACAUCCAACUUGGCAUUAACAUUUGGCUCGAUUCAUUUAUCCCUCCAGCAUCAUGGUUGCUGGUGAACCCAUUGGGGGUUGGCUGGUAUACCUUUGCCUCUUCUGAAAACUGACUGCUUGUUUACCACAGUGCUCCAUCCCUAUCACAGAUCUAGGCAAUUUCAGUGGCAUCCGGUAAAUGUGCCAGCUUGGGAUAUUCCAGGUGGAAGAACAUUGUAAUCAAUACAUAUAUUUCUGGGAGUGAUGUAGAGUCCAUGCUGUUUCCAUGCACUUCGGGGACCCUGGCAUGCCCAUGCAGGGGUGUGUGAAAUGGGUCUUGCGCUUCAUAACAAUACAGAGUGAGGUGGGGGAGGGGCUGUGUUUUUGCUUGGCUUGUAAACCAAUAUAGAAGGUAGCAGGGCUUUUUUUCAGGAGGAAUGCAGGGGAACAGAAUUCCAGAACCUCUUGAAAAUGGUCACAUGGCUGGUGGCCCCGCCCCCCUGAUC